AUGGGAUUUCACCACGUCCUAAGCAUUGUCGCAGCAGGGACAUGUGCGCACUACAAGUCUCUGGCAGAAGCGGUCAAGGGCAAGUCUUUGACAGACAUUCUUCGCAGCCUUCAUGCGACUUAUGGAACCGUUGUGAGAUAUGGUCCCAAUCUCUUACACUUCUCAACCUUUCAAGCCCACUGUGACAUCUACAAUCAGAACUCCAGAUGGGACAAGGACAAAACGGUGUACGCAGCUGUCAUGGAAGAAAACUCUUCUUUUGGUAUGACGUCACAUAGAGCUGCAAAGCAGAGGCGAGAGAUUGUUCAGCCGUUCUACUCGCGCAGAAACAUUCUGAAGAUGCAAGAUGCAAUAGACAGACAGAUGCAAGUUCUUGUGGCCAGACUGGCUGAAGAUGGGGAAGAAGACCGUCUCUCUGAUCUGUCAUUGGCAUUUCGCUGUUUGGCACAAGACGUCAUGACGGAAAUUUGCUUGGGCAUAUCUUCCAAAACACUGGACGCUCCUGGCUACAAGUCGCCACUGAUCCUUGCCAUGGAUGAGAACCUGCGUUUUUUCGUCCCGAUGAAGGCUUUCCCGACCAUCCGACGUUUCAUGUACUCACUUCCUCCGAGCCUAACGCCUGGAGAAGAGGUCCUGACCGAAUACGAGACCAUGGUUGAGAAGCACGUCAACACAGCCAUCGAGGAGCCUUGCAGUUUUGAUGAUAUUUCACCCGUCACCAUGUUACCGUACCUCGUCAGUCGCUCUGAUAAGAACAAAUUGGACACCGAAAGCCUGGUUGGUGAGCUGCAGGCGUUUAUCGUGGGUGGAGGUGAGACAGUGGCCAGCGCCAUGGCCCUCGGAAUCCAUGGUAUCCUCCGCCACCCGGACCUGUAUCCCCGCCUCCAAGCCGAGCUCACCAAGGCCUGGCCGAACGUGUCCGAUUCGGUCCCCGGUCUGGAGGCACUAGAGAAGCUGCCACUGCUUACCGCGACUAUCAAGGAGUCACUUCGACUUACACACGGAGUUGUCAGCCCUCUGCCCCGCAUCGUGCCUGAAGAGGGGGCUCAAGUGGAUGGUUACUUCGUCCCAGGCGGGACAAGCGUGGGAGUGUCUCACAUCUUUGUCCACCUAUCGUCCAGCCUGUUCCAGGACCCCCACAAGUUUGAGCCGCAGCGCUGGUUGGAUACUUUAUCGGAAAAGGGCAGCUCGAGUCUCGACAAGUACCUGGUAGCUUUUUCCAGGGGGCAAAGGAGUUGCACCGGGAUCAACUUGGCCUGGAGUGAGCUAUACAUUUCGUUCGCCACCUUGUUGCGUCAGUUAGACAUGGAGUACUUGGAAGAGGAAAACGAUUCCGUGUUGAUGUGGAGGGAUUGUUUUCAGGCACUGUACUACGGAAGAAAUCUUCGGGUUCGCUGCGUGCGCCGUACAAGCUGA